AUGAGUUUGACAAGCACUCUUCAAGACGGCAACCAUUUAACGAGCCCGAAGAGACAAAAGAAGCACUCCCAUAGUGGCUUUGACUUCAAAAACAAUUGUUUGUUUUGUCAGUUACCUGCUUCGAUAGAAAAGGAGAAAAGAAAGAGCAGUUUGGUAAAGAAGCGUACCAUCGUACUUGUUUCGAACACAGAAUUCAAGACCACACUUCUGAAUCAGAUCACAGCUCAUAUUGAUAUAAAAAAGUAUAAAGCGACGCUAGAAAUAAUUUCUGGGAUCGACCUCACAGUUGUUGGUGCAAGAUAUCAUGAAGUCUGUCGACUGGCAUUCUAUCAAUUGUCUGAGAAAGCUUCUGAUAAACUUCAAAGAAAAGAAACUAAUAUUCUUCAAUUGGACGAAUUGGUGGAGGAUCCGAGCAUUAUACGAAUCCGAGUGUACUUCAGAUUUCGUAAGAUAUGUAAGUAUAUGUUGUGGAUAUAUUUUACGAUUGACGAAAAUGUCGAUCAUCAACCUUUAGAACUUCACUAUUAUUGUACUUGUAAGUCGGGAGCUAGAACUUUAGGAACAUGUGUUCAUGUGGCCAGUGUAUUAUGGUUUUUGGGUUAUGCUAGAUAUGAACAAAAUAUGAGAUAUCCAUCUAUUCAACUUUUAAAUGAAACUACUGAUGCAGCUGAAAGGAUGCUACCAGAAAAUAUUGAUCAUGUUCCAGAACUUGUAGAAAAUUAA